AUCAGUCUCAGUAAACCAGUGGACUGCAUGAAGAGUCGGAAUUAAUUCUUUUACAGGUGCACUGCAGAACUCCACCUGAUUAUAUUAAUGGAUAAGUGCAGGUCAACGUUACAAUGAGGACAUUAAACUUUGCAAAUGAUUGUCCUUAGACUGAGAAGGUUAUGGUGGGCCUAUAGCGUGAAACCAUCACUUACAAGAAAACUGAGCUUAUAUCUGAAAUAUCUCUUGAUCGUUAAUGUUGGAGAAAAAGAGGAACUGUAUUUCAAAGACUCCGAAGGAUUCAUAUUUAGGAGAAUGGUCUGAAUGAUUUUUGGUGGAAAUGGAAUUGGUAGGAAUACGCAUUACUUUGGUGUACUUUUGGAUGACGUCUUUUGCUAGGAUGUCAUACCAAGCAGAAAAUGUUCUUUAUCCAUUUGGGCCAUCUGAGGGGGACACGAAGCUACCAAGCAACGAUGAUGGUGAUUCCGGAAAAAUCAAACUCGAUUUGAAAUUUCCAUAUUUUGAUGAAGAUCACGCCUCAUUAAUAGUCAACACGAACGGCAUCAUCUCGUUCAUCAAGAACGUCUCCCAGUACACACCCGACGUCUUCCCCCUCGACGACGACCGCCGUAUCAUCGCUCCUUAUUGGGCCGACGUCGACACGUCAGGUCCCCGUGGUGAAAAUGGCAAGGUCUGGUACCGUCAGACUACGAACGACACGUCAUUCCUGCAGAACCUCACGGAUCAGAUCGGGAGCAUCUUCCGAGUGGAGUUCAGGUUUCGCCCUUUCGUUGCCAAGUUCGCCUUUGUGGCCACAUGGGAGAACGUUACAUUUUAUUCCAUCAGCGGCGGCGCUGCUUUAAAGACCAAUACAUUUCAGGCCGUGCUGGUGUCUGAUGGCGACUAUUCUUUUACAAUAUUCAACUACGAGAAACUCGAGUGGACAACUGGGAGCUCGAGCUUCGGUGAUAAAGGGACAGGGCUCGCUGGAAACAGUUCAGUAGCAGUAGCAGCGCAGGUCGGUUUCAAUGCCGGUGAUGGUAGUAACUACUAUUCGGUACCCGGGUCCAGAACCGAUGCGAUCCUUGAGAUAAGUCAAACCAGUAACAUCCUGGUUCCAGGUAGAUGGGUCUUCAGAAUCGACGGCAAGUCCGUAGAGGCUGGAGGAUGCAGGGAAGAUACUGCAAAUGCGGCUCAACUUCAGAUCUCCCCUCAACAAGUGAGCAUGCUCGGGGGCGACGUCCUAUCGAUAUCAGGGCCCUGCUUCCAGAGCACGAACAUCAUCCUUUGCCGCAUAGAAGACGUGGUGAUAGAGGCCAUUUACGAUCCCGAGACAGACCCGUUCACAGUUAGGUGUCCAUCCCCUCUGUUUAUGCGAGUGGGACCAUCUAAAGUGAUGUUGUCCAGGGAUGGCGGUGGGUCCUACAACUACACUGGGCAUGUCUCAGUAGUCGGUCUUGACAGGAUCGAGCCAGCUAUUAGAUCAUAUCAGAUGGCUGAUGACAUCAUCAGCUUGACGUGGAACACCGAAGGGUUUCCCAGUCCCGACUCCAGGGCUCAAGACAUCUAUAUCGACAUUCUUCUGUACUUUUAUAAGGAAGAUACGACAACGGGACUCGUGCAACUUGCCCCGGCGCGCCAAAGCGCCAUCCGAAAAAACACCAGACUUGACAAUGAUCGGAUGCUCUUGUCGACAAUGGAAAUUUCUGAUGUUGCAAGAGAAAGAGAAAGUGACGUCAGCGUUGGCAUUUUCCGCAUCACCGAAGCGAAUGAAGUGAAACUCAACAUGUCAAAUAGAUGGGUUGAUGGAAACCUGGAUAUCAUGAAUAUGGAAACCCCGAUAGCCGCCAUGUGGUCGUUGCCUUUUAACCUCAACCCGGACUCCAGCACGUCGGAAGCAAGCUGGUGCAGUAAAUGGGCGUCCGACCAAAUCCCCCCGUCUACCGACAACGCCCCGCCUUGCCCUUGUCUACUUCAGCAGGCUCUGGCAGAUAUCGGCGGGUUCGAAGACUACCCGUGGUGUGAUCAUCGCUUCCAUGAGGAGUGUCCCUACCGUUGGGAAGCCAAUCACUGUGUUAGAGCUAAGAUAGCGAGCUCUCGCGGUUAUGGCCAGCUAUGCUGCUAUGGCUUCGAUGGCAACAUCCUACACCUCAACGACACUCCUGCUGGAGGAUACACACAGAAGCAUCACCACCGCGGCUUCCUGCCUCCAAGAUUUCCUGGGAACAUCCCCUACCUCUCCAACUACCUCUGGGAUCGCAUCCCAUGGGAGGAAUGCUGCGGGAAGACGCGGGAUGGGACCGCAGAGGAGAGGGGACGGUGUGACCUCUUCAGGGGGAAGCGACCGUCGAGUGACUGCAAGGAUUAUAGGGCGCCGGCUGUUGGGGCUGUGUUCGGCGAGCCUCAUUUCAUUACAUUCGAUGGUAAGGACUACAUCUUCAAUGGCCAUGGAGAGUACACGUUGGUCAUGACCGAUGAUACCCAGCCACCAGACGGUCGAAUCCAGGUUCAAGGUCGGCUGCAACAAUUAGACGAGUAUGUUCGUGCUACUGGGUUGACGGCUGUAGCUGCCGGAAGUGAUACCUCUUCCACAGUUCAUGUGGAGCUGAAUGACAGAAGAGAAAUGGAUGCGUGGAUCAGAGCGGAUGGAAGUGACGAGAGCUGGAACAACAUCAACUUCAUCAGGAGUAAUUACUGGAUGGAUGAUGGUGUUACCAUCGAGUUGGGUUUCACGGAAGACAAUCGCAAGCUCUUAUGGGUCACUUUCGACCAGGGAAUCGCCAUCAUGCUGGAAAAGCCCUUCGGCAGUACUGCGAUGUCGGUACGGAUCUACAUACCUUCCACCCUGAAAGAAAAGGUCAUUGGUCUCUUAGGAACCUGGAACGAUGACGCAACCGACGACUUCACGAUCCCGUCCGGUCGGUCUAUCACCGGCAACUCACCGGAGAACCUCCAUAAAUAUUUUGGUCAGGAAUGGAACGUCGAUCCCUCGGAAUCGCUUUUCCGAUACGAUGUCGGUCUCAACCACUCUCUGAUCAACCACGAGGACUACGAACCCAACUUCGACUUCGAACAGUUCGUCACUGAUGAGGAGCUCGAUGAUGUCUGUGGAGACAAUAGAUUCUGUAUCUAUGACUUCAUUAAGACAGGCGUUCCGAACAUGGCAGAGGCAGCAGGCAAUGCUCACAAUAUGUGGCAACGGACGCGAAAUCAUACAACUAACGUCGUGAGUUGUGGCUACCUUCCUCCACCUGGUAACGGUAGCAAGGUGGGCGUGGUUUAUCUGGCAGGUUCCAUGGUGACGAUGACGUGUAACAAAGGCUUUGAUAUGAUUGGCACAGUGGAAUGGCUCUGCCGUCCUAUCGGUAGCUGGUCUGGCAAUGAGACUACUACAUGUGUUGAGAGCAAAGAUACCCGGAUGUGGUUGAUUCUAUACAUCGUAAUGGCUAUUGUGGCGUUCCUUAUCCUUAUUUCAUGUUGUCUCAUCUGCUUCGUGUGUAUAAUGAGAAGGCGUAAAGACAAAGAACAUGAUAAAGAAAGGGAGAGAUCCAAAUCAAACGCCGGCUUAUCCGUUGCCUACCAAAACGGGGGUUACACCCCUGAUGGGGGAAUUACAAAAAUAAAUGGCACCACGCCCACUUCGAAUGGAAUUAGCAACGGCAACGGGGCAUCGCAUCAUAUUGCAACGGAAGAAGAGAUCGACGGAGGCGUGGCCAAUGGCCAACCGACCAAUGCGCGUGCAGCAAAUGGACACACUGCAAAUGGGCACGCGGCAACCAAUGGACACACCACCAAUGGGCAUGCAGCAGCCAGUAACACGCGUGGGCACGCAGAAGCCCCUCCCUCGCAAAAUAAUCAUGAGACUGGUACAUUGGAUUCGGCUGCUGGCGGAGCUGUGGGCGUGUCUGGGGAUGGGUCAGUAUCCAGUAGCAAUGUCAGCAGCCCGAGGAGACCAGCCCAGGUUUCGACGAGUCACCGUGAUCAGCCGUCAACAUCUAAUGAUCCUGCUAGUAAUUACAAGGGUGGAGCUCCACCCAUUGAAAAGAAACUGAAGAAGAAGGCAAAGGAGAAUCCCUAUGACGCCUUACCAGCCAGUUUAAAAUCUAAAUUGAACAAUCCAGAUUAUGAGACGUUAUCAAAAUAUAGGAAGGAGAUUCCUGCUCUUAUGGAAUAUAUAUGGCUCAUCAAGAGAUACAGAGAGGUUUGCACUGGACCAUCAUAGUGAUGAAAGUGAAGAUGAGAUUGCGGUUAUUAAAGCACAAAUCAAACGAGACAUGGCAAAAGACAAAGAUGGAAGACGCUAAUUAAGUUAAGAAUGAACCAAGCAUAUGGAAUUCCUUCAUCUCAUCCCGAACUGGAAAUGGUACAAAAUAUAAACUGAUUUGUUAAUGGGAUCGAGCCAGUACUAUCAGCAAGUGUAUGAUAUUGCAUAACGCGAAAUCUACAUGUAUGUAUUCAACUAUAAAAUAGUAGUCCUAUAUCUGACCAUUACGAUGGUUAUGUCUGUCUUUCAUUGAAAUAAUGAAAAUCUCUUGAUUUUGACUUCAUUUGUAAAUAUUGGUGAUCGAAAUUAUGAAAGUUAAGUCAAUAUAUUCCAAAUGUGCCAUAGGCCUAUACUCUUUCAUGCAUAUAGGGAAAGAAUAUGCAUAUUCAUUUUAAUGCGGUUUAUGGGUAUAAUGGCAUAUAGGAAAGCUAAUUAACCCAUCCUAUGUCAGAAAAUCUACUAUUUAUAUGUCUUUCAAGGUAUUAAUACCUAUUUUAUAAGAUCUAUUUAAUAUAUUUGUGUUAUUACUACUCAUGAGUUUCUUUAUGUUUCCUACAUUGAUUUAUAUAUAUAUAAACAAAAUCAAUGUAGUCUAAUUGAUCGAAUUUCUUGUGUGAAAACAUAUUUUUAAAAACAAAAAUCUGUAUGAUGUAAUGUCAUGAUUGUAAUUUUGACAAUGCGGAAUUAGAGAUAUAGUUCAUCGAUAAAAAAAUACAUGAAAUAGUUUAUCAAAACCAAGUCAAUGUUUGAGAAACAAACUAAUCACUCAACUUCAGUGGUCAGAAUAGCAAUAUCGUCCAAUGUUUUGGAUUUUUCCCUUCCAGAUUCUUUUUAGAGUAUAAAUAUUUGACUAUGGAGGAAUAUAUUAAUGUGCAAUAAAACAUUUUAAUACAUUGGUAAUGAAUAUUUGUAUGAAUAUAUAAAUGACUGAAAUAAAAAAAGCUUAAUACUAAGAUCGCAAGUAGAGUAGAUUUCAGUUUAAGACAUUUUGACGUAAAUAAUCAAUGGUAGCCCUUUGUUAGGAAAUUAGAGAAAUGAAGCAUGCAGCUCACUUUUGAAAAUGAUUUAAGUUAUUGAUAACUCAUACAUGUCAUAUACAAUGCGUAAUAAUGAUAAUGAUAGGUGGAAAUGAAUUUAUGAAUAUGCAUUUAGUAAUGAAAGCUAUAUACAUGUAUACU